UAUCUAGAUCUAGUUUGUUCAAAUUUAAAACAAAUACAUUGAAAUUAAAUUAAUAUUUAUAUACAUUAUUAUAGAUUCUACGAUCAAUAGGACAUUUUAUAGGAUAAGAUAGAUCUGGAUCUAUAUCUAUCUAUAUAUAUAUUUAUAUAUAAAUCUAAAUACCAAACAAUACUUUUACAUAGCUUUUCAUGCAGAUAAAAACAGACCAACAUGGCUGCCACGCUGUCGUUUCGAUGGCUAGAAAUACUAGAAAAAGAAUUUGAUAAGGGAUUUGUUGACUUAGAUCUCUUAUUAGGGGAAAUUGACCCAGAUCAGUGUGAAAUAACAUUUGAUGGACGUCAGAAAAUGACUGCAUUAAGUGCAGCAUUCGCCCAGUUAAGUCACAAAGCACAGACAAUAUUUCAAUGCAACGCAAAGCUGGAGGCUCAGCUAGUGGACAUGAGGUCAGAUAUGAUUGAGUUACAGGCAGCUAAAGCCCUCACUGAGAAAGAGUUACACACUUUACUACUACAACUGCAUUCCUCCCAACUAGAAGUACAUGAACUUAGAGGCCUUGAAGUAGAUUCUCAGGAAAUCAAGAAGAAGCUGGAAGCUGAGCUGUCAAACAGACAGCAGAAUUCUAUGGCAGUUGCAAAGUUGGAAGCUGAAGUAAAAAUGUUGCGCAAAGACAAUCAUGAGUUGAGGUCACAUAUCUUGGCAUUACAGAGUGAGGUGUAUGGUGCCAGGCUUGCUGCAAAGUAUUUGGAUAAAGAACUUGCUGGUCGAAUUCAACAAAUCCAAUUACUUGGACGUGAUAUGAGAGGCGCUGAACAUGACAAGCUUUGGAAUCAGCUUGAGGCAGAAAUACACCUUCAUAGGCACAAGACAGUCAUCAGAGCUUGUCGUGGUCGCAAUGGUCGCAAAAAGAAAUUACCCGUCCCACCUGGUCAUGAUUUUCAAGAGUUGAAAAGGAAACAUGGAAUGGGGGAUGCAAGGACAGUUGUAGUUCACAAGGAGCCAGAGGAAGGUCUUGGCAUGUCUAUUACAGGUGGGAAAGAGCAUGGUGUACCAAUACUUAUCUCUGAGAUACAUGAAGGACAACCAGCGCAUACAUGUGGUCAACUGUAUGUAGGAGAUGCCAUCCUCUCUGUGAAUGACAUUGAUUUACGAAAUGCUAAGCAUGCUGAGGCUGUUAAAAUACUUUCUCAACAGCAAGGGGACAUAACCCUGACAGUAAUGUUUGUUGCCCCUGAUGAAGAGAGUGAUGAUGAAAAUAAUGAAUAUGAAGAUGAAUAUGGCUUCAGGUAUAGAAUAUUUGAUGAAGAUGUGAUGGGCACUGCGUCAGCUGAAGAGUGCACUAAUGAUUUGUCUAUACAGUCCAAUGGACCAUUGUCUCCUCAAAGCCUUGGCUUGGCUUCAACUACUGGGGAAACACACAGCCAAUCUCAAGGUGGACAGUCUAACCCUGCACAGGCCAAUUCCUCAGCUUCUACAGCCCCAUCCAAUCAGCAGGCAGCUGUGUUGAGCCCUGCUGUGACACACGUCAGACCAAAUGGCAUUCCAAGUCAUACGCCAGCUGUCAGUGUAGCCCCAUCCAGCUCUAACACUAGUGUCUCAGCUAAAGGAAAAGUCAAGCAAUGAGGGGAUUCAAUCAUCAUUGUCUGUGAUAUCAUUGGGUGAUUUCUGUAUCUAAUGUUUAACUCUUGAUAGAAUGCAACAUUAGGUAGACUCUAUGAAUGCUAGUAUCAAGUUGUUUCUAAUGUUUUUUCAGAAAUCUUAAUACUAUUUAAAUAUAAAAACAAUAUAUUAAUUGAGCUUUUGCUUUAUGCUUCAUAAUUUAUACAUGUAUUUUUUGCAGCAUUUAAAAAAAAAUAAUAAUCUUAAAUCGACUGCAGGAAAAGUUGAACAUUACAUAAUUGACAUUUAAUUUAGACAGAUAUAUGGUUUGAUGAUGGGCUAAUUUGCACUAAUUUAGAGUGAAGGUGCCAAUAAUAGGAUUACUUAGUAUGUUUGAAAUAAAGCACUUUAAACAUUAAAUGUUUCUAUUAAGAAACUACAACAAUAUCUUAUUUUAAAAAGAUCACUAGGUACAAAAAAGCCAAAUAUUUCUAACAUGAAGCAAUAUAACAUACUAUGAUGUUUAGAUUUUGCACUUUAGCUAACAAGUUUUCUUUUUGUCAAUUUAAGAAUUUUUCCAUGGGCCAUAAUCAUGUAUUGAAUCAUACCAGAUAUACCAACCACUUUUGAACUAUAAAUAUUCUCAGUUUGAUCAUGGUGAUAUUCUCAUACAUGGAAUGAUUCUAUACUGUCCAAUAUACUAUUUGAGUAAAUGAGAAUUUCUAUUGAUUUGUGUAAUUACUUGAUUCAACUUAUUUGUUGCCUAACUAUUGAAUUACACUGAGUCCUUCACAACAGGAUUUGUACAUAAUUAGUUGUUGUUUUAUUGACUCCAUUUAUAUACACUCCACAAACAGUGACAUUAUGGAAAUAACAAUUGUACAAUGUAUGGCAGUGUUGUGAGUGUAUACACUAUGUCAACUUUCUCCCUAGAGUCACUUUGGUUUGUUUCUUGGUUCAGCACAGUUCUCUGUUUCUUUGUUUGACACAGUGCCUUCGUCUCCACUCAGUAUUGAUAGACUUAAUAUCUCUCUCUCUCUCUUUCCUCAUCUGUCAAUGUUGUUGAAUUUCUAUGACUGUUUUUGGAAUAGAGUAGUUGUUUCUAGUGAGUCCACUAGUGAGGUGUGUGUUAAUAUGUCUACACCAGUUUUUCUUCAACCGUUCAAUACUUGAGUGCCAUUCAUAUUAUUUGUGUCCUUUAUUGAUAUAUAUCCAUUAAGACCAUUGCUGGUUUUAAGACCACAGGUUGACCAUGUAUUUGGCCUGUGUGCAUGGGAUGCUUGAUAGUGUAUCUGUUUUAAAUAUAAGAGAUUAAUAAUCUGUGAUUAGAAGUCAAUGUUUGGUAUAGUUGCAAGAUCACAUCAACUAAAUGCAUCUCUUCAAGAUUUCACUCAAGCCUAAUCUGAAUUUCUAUUCACAAAACUUUUGUUUUGAUGGGGUGUUCUUUCCUAUUACAUUCUUAUGUUAGAUUUCUAGUGGUACACAUGUGGGGAUAAGACUUGGGUAGGUUGCAACUUAAACAAAUACUUUUUUUUUAUGUUACUUUGCAUGUUGUACUAACCAGACAAUGGUAUUCAUUAUUUUGAUGAAGACAUGAAAAAAGUGCAAUGAAGCCAUAUGUAAAUAGAAAUGUUUAGUGUGUGUGUGUACAAUUACAUUAUGUCUUGACCAAAUCAUUAUUUCUAACAACAUGGAGUCUAUAUUAGAAGUGAUGUAAUCUAUAUAUUAUAAAUGUUUUGAGAUUUACUUGUUAUAAUGUAACUUUCACUAGCUAGUGUAUCAUUCCAGAAAGGUUUGCUUUGUAUCAGAUAUUGUCAUUUCAGAAAAAAAUCUAAAACUUGAAAUCAUUUUCCGAUUCUUCUCUCUUUUGUAUCUGUAAAAUAAUAAUUUUUUUUUAAAGUCCUAAGGGAAUAUCUGUAAAAAAUGUGCUCUGUUAUAGUUGACAGUUUUUCUUAGCAGACUAAUGUUAAGUGUCAAUAUCAGAGUGGAUGAUGUAUUCCUUCUGAACUCCAAACAUAUUGUUUAGAAGGAAGGUUGUCCUAGAUUAUGUGCCUACUCUUAGCCAUAGACUUACGAAUGUUUCACUACUUUGGACCAUUGAAUCUCAACCCAAGAGAUGUAACUUACUUUGAUUAUAAUACUUGAUUACAGUGUUUUGACAGAACCAGCCACUUAGUUCAAUUCAAAUGUGAUUUUUUUAAAUUUCUUAACUCUUGUUUCAUUCUGAUCAUUGAAUUGUUGUUUUUAUUUUACUUUAAAAAAAAAAAAAGGAAAUGUAAUUUAUAUAGUGCUGUUCACAACUGGCUGGUCAUUUGGUUUGUGGUCUGACUGUUGUAUUUAUAUUCCCAGGUUUAAAACUUGUCUGCAGCCAUUCCCUGCCAUACUGCAUUGCUGGAGUGAUGUGGCUAUGUUCACAGUCAAAAUUCUUUCUUGUUGAAAGACACAAGCCAGUUCAAUAGCUGAACUUGAAACUAGAUUUUUUUUCUUGUUUUCAUUCUGCAUGCACCUUCUAGUUUAGUGGAAUUAUCUUGGCCUUACAAUGCUUGGAUUUACUGUAUUGAGUUCUUCUACUGUCUCACAAUGUGUCCCAUCAGCUUGGGUUCACUACACUGAGGCUACAAGCUUCUAUGUAGCUUCUAUUGUCUUAUCAAAUGAUGACUUGUAGCUGGACCUGGUUUACUGUUCAUCAUGUUCUUCUAGAAACUUGUGAAGCUUGUGGCUGAGCUCAAUGAGAAACUUCUGGCUGUGUGCAGUGAAGAUCCUUUGAAGUCAAAUAAAGAGCUACCAAAUCUUGUCCAAGGUGUGACAAUCUUUUUGGUUCCUGACUUGUCAUGUCUUUUCUAUUUGUUUUGUUUUCUGAACAUGACUUUUUCCUCAAGUGACUGAUUGACUUUAUUAUGCAGCCUCUCAAUAAUUUUUUGUAAUGUGAUGUCAACAUGCAAAAAACAUUAACUACUUUUAGAAACACUUUUGAUUUGUCAUGAUGAAUCAUAUUUGUCUUGUGGCUGUAAUGUAGACAAGGAACCAGCAUUAAAUAUUUUGUGCUCUGGUCACUCAUGUACAUGGACAUAAACUUAGAGUGUUUUAUAAAUCACACCUUUUGUACUAAUAUAAUAAUAUGUAUGUUAUAUUUAUUUGUUAUUUAUUUAAUACAUAUGUAAGAAUUGGAAUAGUGGACAGAAACUUGCAAGCUUUUUGUGACAAAACACAUGCCAUCCCAUACUAUCACAAGCCAUCACAUUAUCACAAAAGCCUGACAUUCAAUGUUUAUGUGUGAACAAAUGUACAUUUAUUGGAUGCUAACCAUGUCGUGGUGAAUUGUUUUACAUCUUUCUACAUUUAACAUGUGUGUUUGAGCCAAACUUAGGACUCGUGUGUAUGUGUCUAGUGUAGGUGUUAUUCACAAAGUUUGUGUGUGAGUAUGGGUUUAACUGUGUUUUUAUUGACCAAAGUAGUGUAAGUGUGUGUGCCAUGUGUCCCUACUGUCCUGACUCAAGGCUGUAUUAAUGCUCAUUUAUUUCAAUUGUUUUAUGUCUUUUUUUUUCUUUUUUUUUUUUUUGUUUCUCUUGUCUUUCACUUAAGAGAGAACUUAUUUGUAUCAAUGACUGUGGUCUAUUAAAGUUGGGCUAAAGAACAAA